AUGGUAGAGGCUUUGAUUUGUGCACAAAACUGGUUAAAACCUACACUUAGUCAAUUCAAGGAUCUGAAUAUAAAUGAAGAUUUUGAUGUGUCUUUCACUACUGUAUCAGAAUUUGGUGGUUCAUCUGUUAGUGGAUCAACAUCUGGUUGUGAUUCUAAUGUUGUUGGAAGAGGAAAAGAACCAGUUGCUGGUUCAUCUCAAUCACAUACUUAA